AUGCGGCGGGUGGGCAGGCGCAGCAGGCAGCCCCAGGAGGGCAGCCCCAUGGAGAACGGUGUGGGGCAGGAGCCGGGGACCCCUGAGCCUCCCCCAGCUGAGGGCAUCUCUGCCCCCCGAGCGCCCCGUGCCCGCCCCCGGUUGGUGUUUCACACGCAGUUGGCCCACGGCAGCCCCACAGGGCGCAUCGAAGGCUUCACCAACGUCAAGGAGCUCUAUGCCAAAAUUGCUGAGGUCUUUGGCAUCUCGCCCACGGAGAUCCUCUUUUGCACACUCAACACACACAAAGUCGACAUGCAGAAGCUGCUGGGGGGACAGAUUGGCCUGGAGGACUUCAUCUUUGCCCAUGUGCGGGGGGAGACAAAGGAAGUGGAGGUGACCAAGACAGAAGACGCGCUUGGCCUCACUAUCACGGACAACGGGGCUGGCUACGCUUUCAUCAAGAGAAUCAAGGAAGGGAGCAUCAUCAAUCGCCUGCAGACAGUGUGUGUGGGUGACAGCAUUGAGGCCAUCAACGAUCAGACCAUCGUGGGCUGCCGGCACUAUGAGGUGGCCCGAAUGCUGCGGGAGCUGCCCCGGGCUCAGCCCUUCACCCUCCGCCUUGUGCAGCCCAAAAAGGCCUUUGACAUGAUCGGGCAGAGGACACGGAGCAGCAAGAGCCUGUGUGAGGGCAGAGUGGCCAGCGGGAAGGAAACGCUGCGGCUGCGGGCACAGGGCCCUGCCAUGCUGGAGGAGGGGCCCAGCCCCUUUGAGGAAGAAGCCGCUCGGAGGGUGGAUGACCUGCUGGAGAGCUACAUGGGCAUCCGGGACAGCGAGCUGGCCUCGACAAUGGUGGAGGCAGCGAAGGGGAGCCCUGGUGUGGCCCAGCUCGCCCACGACUUGGACUCAGUGCUGGGAGAAUUCGCCUUCCCCCAGGAAUUUGUGGCUGAGGUGUGGGCAGCCGUCUGUCACCCCAAGGGGAAUAAGGAGUAG